ACUAAAGUAACAGCUCAUCUGUGUAUAUUAUCGCUUACUAGGAAUCUUUUUCUAUUAGUCAUUUUCAAUAUUGACAAUUAGGCAAAUUGUCAAAGUGUGUGUAAUUGUGUGAAAUUGUUUUCUUUGCAUUUAAAUAAUCUAUAUUGUUAUAGCUAUUAGCAAUGGAUACUUGUGGAUUUGUUACCUGUGGUCCAAAUGAAGCUCUCGUUGUAUCAGGAUGCUGUUAUGGAAAACCAUUAUUGGUUCCUGGCGGACGAGUUUUUGUUUGGCCAAUUGUUCAACAAGUUCAAAAGAUCUCUCUAAAUACAAUGACAUUACAAGUGGAAAGCCCCACUGUUUAUACUUGCCAAGGGGUACCAAUAUCAGUAACUGGUAUAGCACAGGUAAAAAUUCAAGGACAAAAUGAAGAAAUGUUAUCAACAGCUUGUGAACAAUUUUUGGGAAAAUCUCAGGAUGAAAUUCACAAUAUUGCUUUGGUGACACUAGAGGGACAUCAAAGAGCAAUAAUGGGAAGCAUGACAGUAGAGGAAAUUUAUAAAGACCGAAAGAAAUUCAGCAAGGAAGUUUUUGAAGUAGCAAGCAGUGAUCUUGUUAAUAUGGGAAUAACAGUGGUUUCGUAUACACUGAAAGAUAUUCGAGACGAGGAAGGUUAUUUAAAAGCCCUCGGUAUGGCUCGAACAGCUGAAGUAAAAAGAGAUGCAAGAAUUGGAGAAGCAGAAGCUCGUCGAGAUGCACAAAUUCGAGAAGCAAUUGCUGAAGAGCAAAGAAUGGCUGCACGUUUUCUCAAUGAUACAGAAAUUGCUAAAGCUCAGCGUGAUUUUGAAUUAAAAAAAGCUGCUUAUGAUGUCGAAGUUCAAACUAAAAAAGCUGAGGCAGAAAUGGCUUUUGAACUUCAAGCAGCAAAGACGAAGCAAAGAAUCAUGGAAGAACAAAUGCAAGUUAAAGUUGUAGAACGUAGUCAGGAAAUUGCUGUCGCUGAACAAGAAAUGCUGAGACGUAUUAAAGAAUUAGAUGCUACUGUUCGACGUCCUGCAGAUGCUGAAAAAUACCGAUUAGAGAAAUUGGCUGAAGCUAAUCGACUUCGACUAGUAAUGGAAGCAGAAGCUGAGGCUGAAGCUAUUAAAAUUCGAGGUGAUGCCGAAGCUUCGGCUAUUGAAGCAAAAGCAAAAGCCGAAGCUGAACAAAUGGCAAAGAAAGCUGCUGCAAUGAGCGAAUAUAAGAGCGCUGCUAUGAUUGACAUGCUACUUGAUACUUUACCAAAGGUCGCUGCUGAAGUAGCAGCUCCACUUUCGCAGGCGAAGAAAAUAACAAUGGUUUCAAGUGGCAAUGGUGCAAUUGGUGCUGAGAAAUUAACUGAAGAAGUUUUGAAUAUUGUAAAUCGUGUUCCAGCAUUGGUUAAAAGCAUGACUGGUGUAGACAUCGCGAAAUCGGUUCAUGCAGCGUAAACGGAAUGGAAGACAAAUUUUCAUAACUGCUGAAUCUCUGUUAAUGAUGCUUAUAAAAAAUAUGAAAAAAUCAUCUGUCUCUAAAAAAAAAAAAAAAAAAAUCUUUUAUACUAGAAAUAAGUUAUGUGACUUUUGCUACUUUUUCUCAUCACUUUUACUGCCAAUUGACUCAAUAUUUUCUUUUCUUUUUUUUUUAAAUUAAUAGUAUUUUUAUUACUUUGUUUUUAUAUACUAGAUGUUAAUCUUGGUCUUUAGAAUAGAAAAAAAUAAUCUUUCGCACAAUUCAUUCGAUUUUAAAUAUUUGCUUGUGGCAGUGAAUGUGAAUUAAAAUGUCCAUUUGUUGCAAUUGACAACUUAUAUAUUUAAAAAUAUGUUGUCCUUUUUAAUUUAAAUUUUAAAAUUCUUAAUUUGGUUUCUUUUAACGAAUAAUAAAAUUGUAAAGUAAUAAA